AUGUGAUGAGUUUGGACAGAAGUGAAAAUUUGUAUUAGAUCAUUAGUAUUUGAUGCAGCACAGACAUGAUCCAACAAGAGGGGUUCAGUCUCAGACUGAUGUUUGCAGAGGUGAUCUAUUGAUUAUUGAUUCACUCCAUAUGAACGUCAGAAGUGUUCUUCAGCUGGUGUUUGUGGACCAACGGUGCCAUCUGGUGGACAUUACAGGAUCCUACAAACAUUCAGAGACACGCAGGAAAGCGAAACUCACACAGACCAGGAAAUAAUUUCAGUCACCACGUGGAAAGACACACGGACAAAGCGCAGUCUGUCUGUGGGAGAAACCCACUGAAGAACCUCUGUGACAUCUGGAGGCAGUGGACGCAGCGACACGCAGUGUGUGCAGACUGGAGGUUUCAAAUUUCCACAUCAGUUGUGAAAGUUUCAUACUGAACCAUGGCUGGAUCCAAAAUGCUGUUUUAGAGUCAUAAACCCUGCAGGUACCUUCAGGUGGCCUCAGUCUCAUGUCACUUGCUAUCCAACAAUUCUUUGUGAGGCGGUUUAGUUUCAUCCCACAGAAAAUGAGGAGAAUCUCACUCGGCUCAUGUGGCCUCCUGGUCCCAGUGCAGAGAGGAGCAGGUGUGAUGGAAAAUCUCAUUCUAAAGAUGCUGAGCAGCUGAUAGUUUGUCAUCAGAGGAGACUUUGAGGCUGAUGUGUCAUUGAUGUUGGGUCUGUGUGCAAAACUCACAGGAGUCAGGAAACAUGGCUUGUACAUCAGAGUCCGCCUUAAAUUAUGUCAGUAGAGCCAGAAGGCACCUUGUGAGAAAAUUACAGAAUCUCUCUGUGAUUCUGGAGAACUUGUAUCAGAAAGGAGUUCUCAGUGAUGAGGAGUUCAGCAAAAUACAGACAGAGCGUGAUGACUUCGAUAGAACCAGAAAAAUCCUGGACUCGGUCAUAAAAAAGGGGGAAGCAGCCUGCUACGAGUUACUCACAAUUAUUGACGUGACGAGGAAGAGGACUUUAGAGAGGCCGCCUCCUCUCUCUGAGAAAAACACUGGAGCUUCCACUGGAACCCAGAAGUUUGACCUUCACUACUGGAUCAGCUGCUUUUCUUUCAAGGAAGAAACGCAAAUGGAUGUGGACUACCUGCAAGGACCAAGACCGUGCCACAGAUAUCAGAAAAAGUUGAAGUUUAAAGCACAAAAAUUAUCUGAAGAGUUUUGGAAUGCAAGUAAAAAACUGUUUGAAGAAAACAGGAGGCCUGAUCUGUCAUACACCUCACUUGUAUUGGACACACAGAAAAGCCCAUCUCUAUCUAAAAUCAAGAAAUGGAAGAGAAAGAAAAGUAAGAUGAGUCGACCUAAGAAACUGAGGACAUACAUUCCUGAGGACAAACCAGAAAUUUCCCCCACUGACCUUCUGAAAACACAGGAAGACAUCCUCUUGGUCGGGAAGCCUGGAAUUGGAAAGACAGCAGUCGUUCAUGAAAUGUUGAGACUGUGGGCAGAAAAGGACAACAAGGAGUUAGAUUACAUGUUCUACUUUGACAUGAGGAAAAUGUCCCAAACCACACCCGCUAUGACCCUGGAGGAUCUUCUUUUUAAUAGGUUCAGUGAACCAGAUGGAGGCGUGGAUGAGGUUUUACAUGAUAUAAAGAGUAACUCUGACAAUGUUACCAUCAUUUUUGAUGGCAUCACAGAUCUGUCUCUAUCAGUGGUGCAGAGGCUUGUAGAGAAAGACCUACUACCUGAUGCAAAGAUCAUCAUAACAUGCAGACCAGAUGAUGAGGAACACUUCUUCUCUGAGGACUGUCUCAGAGUGGAGGUGAAAGGAUUUAAUGAGCAGACCAUAAAGUCCUACUUAUCUGCAAUGCUCGGUGAAGCGCAGAAGGUUUUGAGCAGCUUGGAGUUGCUGACUCUUUGCCAUGUACCAAUGUAUGCUCUGAUGGUGGCUGCCUGCUCUUCAUCAGAACACUCUCCGCAGCCAUGCACUGUAACAGAAAUCUACAUUGACAUUGCUCGUUACUGCCUUCAGAUAAACAGCAACAAAACAAAGAAAGAUCUAAACACCUUCAUCAAAACCAAGAGAGAAGAAAUACUGUCUUUGGCUGAAACAGCUUUUUAUGCAACUCAGGAAAAAACUGUGAGCCUGACUGAAGUGUCCUGUAAAGACAGCUGUGUCCUUUCCUUCCUGAAACCACUUUUUAUCAGUGUCAGCCCUACUGAAACAGAAACUAGACACGCAUUCCUCCAUUACACACUGCAGGAGUUCUUUGCAGCCGUGUGGCUCUUAAAGAGUCCUGAUAAAAUCAGGAAUGUUUUUCAGCAGAGCCUCACUGAGGAGAUGAAACACAUGAAACAUUUGAUCCCUUUCAUGUGUCGACUGUUGAACAAGAAGAGCCCAAGUUGGAUGAAGUGUCUGGUUCCAGUUGAGGAGCUAAACGGUACAUCUGACUGGUUCUUCAAGGAGCUCAUAACCACAUUAGUCCCAGAUGUGGUUGACACUGAAGACAGUGGGCUUGAUGUCGACACGUUGUUCUUAUGCCAGUGCUUGUAUGAGUCCCAGAGUCCAGAGGCAUGCAUCUACCUUCUAGAGAAACUGGACUACCGUCUUGACCUCUGUGGAGAGAGUCUUGAUCCUUACCCCUGGUGUGCUGUGGCCUAUGUGGUCAGUCAGUCUAAGGAACGGAAAAUAUGGUUGAACCUUGAUGAUGUCACGAUAUCAGAGAAAGGAAUGAGACAACUGUUGGGAUGCCUUCAAAAUGUCAAAUGGUGCGACCUUUUGCCACAGCAGCUGUGGAAGAUUUUCCUUCUCAGUGAAGAACAGAUGGACUUUGUAAGCUUACUUGGCCUUGUUGAAAAUCAGCUGCACCUUCCAGUGGAGGGUAAAAAACAGCUGUUUGAAAGAGCUGUGGAAGUCAUGAAGAGGAUGACAACAAAGGUCAAUAUCUGCCUCUACUGGGACAGAGAAACUCCUGUCUGCCAGAGUCUCUGUGAGUCCCUAAUAGAGGCUUUGCCAUACGUCAGCUCACUCAGCUUUAGGAUGACCAACAGAAGUCCAGGUUUGGUGAACCAGGAGCAAUUCCAUGGGACACUGGAGAGGCAACAAAGGAGGCUGUUACUGGAUUUAUGCCUGAAGGCAGCACUUCACGAUGAGCAAAGCUUCCCAAAUGUAGUGAAUGUGCUCCUCUCAUUGUUCCCUCAUCAAACUGACUUAAGUAACCUCUAUCUCGAUUUGUACCAACAUGUUAGGAGUGAAAGGUUUUUGAGAGUCCUUCCAUCAUUACAGUCAGUUUUCCAGUCAACUCCUGCAGUCUGGUCCAUAAACCUCUCAGAGAGAAAGACCUCCAUCCUCCUGGAAGUGCUGAAACUCCAAUCAGAGAAGAAACCAGUGGAACUGACAGGCUGGUCACAUGAAGAGAGUGAAGUGAGGAGUUUCCUGCAGUGUCUGCCUUAUAUCUCACAGCUCAGAGUUCAGAAGAAGUUACCUCUUGAUGAAACAACCAGGAUGUUUGUGAAUCUGUUCUGUGCAGCAGCAGAGAGAGAACAGCAGACAGGAGAGAAGAUACUGGAGCUGUUAUCAUCAGUGUGCAGAUAUGGAGCCUUUCCUUUAGAAUACGUGGAUGAUGAUGAAGAUUUUCAAUCUCAGAGUGGUUUCCUGCUGGAUCUGUUCUCCCAUGUGAAGGACUAUGAGACUAAAACAGGUCUGAGAGUCCUUCCAUCAUUACAGUCAGUUUUCCAGUCAGCUCCUUCAUUCUGGUUCAUAAACCUCUCAGAGAGAAAGACCUCCAUCCUCCUGGAAGUGCUGAAACUCCAAUCAAAGAAGAAACCAGUGGAGCUGACAGGCUGGUCACAUGAAGAGAGUGAAGUGAGGAGUUUCCUGCAGUGUCUGCCUUAUAUCUCACAGCUCAGAGUUCAGAAGAAGUUACCUCUUGAUGAAACAACCAGGAUGUUUGUGAAUCUGUUCUGUGCAGCAGCAGAGAGAGAACAGCAGACAGGAGAGAAGAUACUGGAGCUGUUAUCAUCAGUGUGCAGAUAUGAAGGAUUUCCUUCAUGUUCCAUGGAUGGAAAAUCUCAGAGUGAUUUCCUGCUGGAUCUGUUCUCUCAUGUGAAGGACUAUGAGACUAAAACAGGUCUGAGAGUCCUUCCAUCAUUACAGUCAGUUUUCCAGUCAGCUCCUGCAUUCUGGUUCAUAAACCUCUCAGAGAGAAAGACCUCCAUCCUCCUGGAAGUGCUGAAACUCCAAUCAAAGAAGAAAGAAGUGCGUCUGACAGGCUGGUCACAUGAAGAGAGUGAAGUGAGGAGUUUCCUGCAGUGUCUGCCUUAUAUCUCACAGCUCAGGUAAAUGAAUUCUACUUUACACCAUUCAGUCUAUACAAGGAGAAAUCCAUGAAUUCUGAUGUCAUUGUACUGAUUGAAACAUUUCAGUCAUAUUUCUUUGUCAUCACUUUUAUAUUUCUACAUUCUGACUUUAUCCACAUGGGGUCAUAUUUCAGUUCUGUUUCAU